UACGUUAGUAACUUCUCUUGGCAAAUUUUUGGUUGCGAUCAUGGGAAUCCUCUUCUGGAACUGUCAAGGAAUUGGCCCUAUAACAACCAAUAGGCAGCUAGCCGAAACGGUAAGUCGUCACUCAAUAUAUUUGUUGUUUCUAAGCGAAACAAAAAACGAAGAUGAUUUGGUCAGAGACAAAAUUAAAAACCUUGGCUUUAAAGAAAAUCGUCUCGUCAGUGCUAUUGGCCUAUCUGGUGGUUUAGCUGUGGGUUGGUCAUCGAAUGUAGACUGUAUUAUUCGAGACAAACAUAGCUUCUACAUUUCCUUAGAAUGCCAACAUCCAAGACUCGGAAGAGCUCACUUCUUAUUUGUUCACCUUAGUUGUGACGUAGGGACCAGGCAAAACCAACUCAAUGCAUUAUCUGCCAUUAUUCGAACUGUAAUUCUUCCAUUAUUUGUCUUCAGAGACUUUAAUUGUAUCCUGGAAAGUUUUGAAAAAUCAGGAGGCAGAUGCCCGGCUCUUUCUGCCCUGGACCAACUAAGAAAUUUUUGCCUCCAGUCAAGUCUGCAAGACUUAGGCUUUAAUGGCCCUUACUUCACCUGGACAAAUCGCAGAUCGGCUUCGGACCAUAUUAUGGCUAGACUGGACAGAGUUUUAGUCGCCUCUUUGGCCUUAAACCUUUUGGCCUCUCGCCAAGGUAACUCACCUAUCAGAUCUAGGUUCGGAUCACCGAAAAUUGUGUUGCAACUCAUCCCGCCUCAUAAUUUGGGACAACAUCGAUUCCACUUCGAUAGCCGUUGGGCAAAAUACUCGGAAUCAAGACAAGCUUUUGCCAACAAAUGGGGUAAUCAAACCUCUGGUACAAGGCAAUUCCAAUUUUUUAAUAACCUCAAGUCUUUGAGGCAUGACCUUGUUGAAUGGAUGAAAAAGGGUACUUCUAACUCGCCUAGGAAAAUAAAAGAACUUCGUCUAGCCAUUGAUACAGCCAGAAACGCUCCAUCUGUUGACUGGGUGGCGAUUAAGGGGCUUGAACAAUCGUUAGCAUCUGCCUAUCUACAAGAAGAGCUUUAUUGGAAACAAAAAUCUAGAGUCACGUACCUUCAGGAAGGGGAGUCUAAUACUCAUUUCUUUCAUACCAUCACAAACCAGAAGAGAAGGAUGAACACAAUCCUUUCCCUCAAGGAUGAUAAUGGCUUAGUUCAUUUAGAGGAAGGAGCUAAAGCCAAUGUGGCGGUGACAUACUUUAUGGGACUCUUCCUAUCUAAUCAACCCUUAGUUCAUGAAUUCAUUUUGAGCUUGGGUCUCCAGAAGAAAGUGAAUGAUCGUAUUAAUACUUGCCUUGCUGCAACAGUUACAAGAAAAGAGAUAAAAGAUGCUACUUUCUUGACCGGGUCUUACCAAUCCCCGGGGAUAGAUGGGUUUACUGGUAUUUUCUUCCAAGCAUUUUGGGAUGUGGUUGGGGAAUCCCACUGUGAUGCUGCCCUCUCCUUCUUUCAAACGGAAAGAUUGUUGCAUAACUUUAAUCAUACGCUGAUCACGCUUAUACCCAAGACUCCAAAUGCUAAAACCAUGAAACAAAUGAGGCCUACAGGACUCUGCCAAGUAUUCUACAAGAUCAUUGCUAAAAUUCUGGCAGAUAGGUUGAGUUGCUUCCUUCCUCUCAUCGUGGGACCCAAUCAAAACGGCUUCGUGAAAGAUAGAUCUAUCACAGACAACAUCCCAAUCGGGCAAGAGGUGAUGCAAUUUCUCAAAACCAAAACUCAAGGCAGGGAAAAAUGGAUGGCUUUAAAGCUAGACAUGGAAAAAGCUUAUGACAGAGUUGAAUGGCCUCUCUUGUUUGAGUUACUUAAAGGGCUAGGAUUUGGAGAUAAAUGGCUCAAAUGGCUAAGAUCAUGUGUGACAACUGUAUCAUUCUACAUUGUCCUAAACGGGUCUAUUCAUGGAUACUUCCAUCCUCAAAGAGGCUUACGCCAAGGGGACCCUCUCUCCCCCCUCUUAUUCGCUAUAUACACAGAAGCUUUCUCAUCCCUUAUAGAGAAUUUCAUUAGAAACUCUAGCCUUCAUGGGCUACGUAUUCACAGAGAAGCUCCACUGAUCUCCCACUUAUUCUUUGCGGACAAUUCCUACCUAUUCCUCCGUGCCUCCUCUACGGAAUGUGUUCGUCUAAUUGAAAUACUUCAUGAGUAUGAAGUGGUGAGUGGGCAACGAGUUAAUCUCCAGAAAUCAGUUGUUACAUUUAGUGCUAAUGUCUUAGAAUUGGAAGCUACUCGGCUAGCUGGUUUACUUGGUGUGUCAGCAAUUGGAGUUCAUGAUAGAUAUCUUGGACUUCCAUCUCAAGUACAUAGAUCUAAAAUCCAAACUUUCCGGUAUAUUGAAGACUCUUUAGCAAACCGAAUACGCCAUUGGAAAUCAAAAAACAUGUCUCUGGCUGCCAAAGAAGUAGUCAUUAAAGCAGUUGGGACAGCAACUCCCGUCUUUGCGAUGUCCUGCUUUAGACUCACUUCUAAUCUGUGUAGAAGGAUGAACGAGCAACUCUCCACUUUUUGGUGGGCAGGCCAAGACAAAUAAAAAGGUAUACAUUGGUUAUCAUGGUCUGAAUGUUGUUUCAGCAAAUUUGAAGGAGGAUUGGGUUUUAGAGACUUUGAUAGGUUCAAUGUAGCAAUGCUAGCCAAGCAAGCCUGGAAACUUAUCCGGGAACCGGAGAAUACUCUUGCCAGAAUGUAUAAGGCAAGAUACCAUUUCACCGAACCUUUCCUUCUAGCCCGUCAGGGGGCCCGCUCCUCUUGGGCCUGGCAAGGUAUCUUGCAGGGUAGAGAUUUACUGAUUAAAGGUCUUCGUUGGCAAGUAGGAUCAAGAUCUAGGAUUAACACCUUACUUGACUCUUGGUUACCGUCAGACCCUCCUUCUAGCCCUAAGUUGCUAAUUGGCUCCUCGCUAGAUCACCCAAUGGUCUCAUUUCUUCUGGACUCUAAUGCUAUGGCGUGGAAUCUAGACUUACUUAAAACCUUAUUUCCCCCCUGCCACGAUCGAUAAAAUCUUAUCCAUCCCUCUCCCAUCUUCCCCCAAGAAGAUAAAUUGAUUUGGCACUUUGACAAGUCUGGCCAUUAUACAGUUAAAUCGGGGUACCACCUCCUUUUGGAUGGUUUAACUCCAUCCAGGAACUCCCUGCCAGAAUUUUUGAACACCAAGUUUUGGAAAUUCAUGUGGAAUACUCCAAUACCUCCUAAACUAAAAUUCUUUCUUUGGAGAUUGGUUCGUGGAUUCUUACUAGUUAAAGGAAUCCUCCUUUAUAAGAAAAUUAUUUCAUCAAGUUUAUGUCUCGUUUGCUGCGAGGUAAAUGAAGACUUCAAGCACUGCUUCUUCGACUGUAGAAUCACUAGAGAACUGUGGACACUAUCUGACCUUGACCAUAUAAGAGAUAUGAUGAGGGCAAGUCCUAUGGAUCUUGCAUGGAGAAACCUCUUUUUCAUGCCUCAUAUCUCCAAGAAUGAUGUAGCUUUAAUUGUUUUCUUAUUUUGGAGAAUAUGGAAAGGUCGAUGCAAGGAUACUUAUGGACACAUUUUAUUGAGGUCACAUGUUCUAUACAGGCAACUAUUAGCGCAGGUGGAGGAAUGGAGAAUGGCAGAGGCAGAGAAGGUUCAGAGAUCCGAAGAAGUCCGAAAGUCAAUGCCCCACUCUUCCACAGGCCAAGGUCCCCAUUCAAGGAGAACAUAUGUUUCCCUCCCUAGUGAAGGUAUCCUAGUUCGUUUUGACGGCGCAACAAAAAUUCCUCAAGGAUGUGCAACUGGCUUUGUCGGCUUUUCAGGUGAUGGAAAUAUCACAUUUGUAGUUAAUAAAUUCUAUCAGGGUAUCUCAGAUGCCUAUAUAUCAGAAUUACUUGCUAUUCGUGAUGCUAUGAAAUGGUGUCUGACCCACAACUUCUUGACUGUUGUUUUUCGUGGGGACUCUCAAUUGGUCAUCAAGGAUGUGUCAUCAAAGAAGGCUUCGCAUUCAAGAGUGGGAGCUAUAUUAGAGGAAGUCCACUCUCUCCUUUCCUCCUUCCUAUCCGUUUCGUGUCUUUUUGCUCCUCGGAGCUUCAACAGAGCUGCCCACCUCGUGGCAAAACAGGCUCUUUUAUCGGGGGUCCGGUUGCAUAUGGACUACCGUUCUUUUUUAGUGUCUUUCUUGUAAUUGUGCUGGCCGGCCAUGCCCUGGGGGCUUAUCUUGGAUUAAAAAAAAACCUCUCAUAGGAAAGAGUGGUUCCACCAUCUUUGUAUGAUAGUUAUACACUGUUACAUUCUGCUACAAAAGUCUUGAGAAAUAUGACUUCACAAACUCUACCGGAAGCUAACAUAACAUCGUUGAUGAUCCAUCAUCAAAACUUGAUCAUAAAUGUCAUAUUAUACAAUGCCUUUGGACUCCUCCUUUUAAUAUGAUCUUACCGAUUGUGGAUUUAAAUAGAAAAAAGCCUAUUGU